UUCUGUGCUGUGCAUAACAAUAACAAACAUAAAAUUCAUUUACCCCCAUAAUAGACACUGAGUUCCUAUUGCCUUAAGACAGUGUACAUAUUCAAAAAAAACAAAUUUUUUACAAUAUUCUUUUAAAUUUUUUAUUUGAAAAUGUUGGCUACUCAGAAUAUGAAUCAGUCUGGUAUACCAGAUAAAAUGUGGCAGCCCCCUUUUGUCCAGUUUGAAACGACAAUGGGCGAAUUUGUAGUUGAAUUAUAUUGGAAGCAUGCGCCAGCCACUUGUAGAAACUUUGCAGAGUUGGCUCGUAGAGGUUAUUAUAAUAACACAAUUUUUCAUAGAAUUAUUAAGGAUUUUAUGAUACAAGGAGGCGAUCCAACUGGAACUGGUAAGGGAGGAAUGUCAAUCUAUGGCCCUUCAUUCAAAGACGAAAUUCAUCCGGAACUAAAACACAGCGGGGCGGGUGUUCUUUCUAUGGCCAAUUCCGGCCCUGAUAGUAAUGGCAGUCAGUUUUUUAUCACCUUAGCUCCAACUCAAUGGUUAGAUGGAAAACAUGCAAUUUUCGGUAGGAUACAUUCCGGAAUGCAAGUUAUAAAGCGAAUAGGAUUAGUGGAAACAGAUAGAGGAGAUAGACCAGUAGAUGAAGUGAAAGUUUUAAGGGCCAAAGUGCUGAAAAGUUGAAAAAAACACACAUUAAGAUUAAGUUAUAUUUUUUUAUUUUAUAAUUAUUAUUGUAAGAGGGAUUCUAGCAAGGAUCUCUAAAACUUAAAAACAAUUUUCGUGUGUAUAAAAAAUACAGACCUUUUCACAAUGUAACUUAAGAUUUAACACUGGUAUUGGAAGAUUAAUAAAAAUGUGCAUUUUAAAAAUAACAA